CUAAACUUCAUCAGAAAGCACUUGUGUUUUCUACGUAUCGACGCCGCAGACAGACUGAUGUAGACGGACAGAUCAGAACAGAGAGAAGUCAUAAUGGGGAACAGGCUGUGUAAGGAAACGUCGGAAAAGCCAAAAAAGUCAACAAAGCCGAAAAAGCCGAAAAAAUCGAAAAAAUCGAAACGAUCUCAAAAAGUUGAGGAAGACAGAAUAAGUCUUAGGUCUUCUGGUGAAAAUGAACUUCAGCAGACAAAAGCUGCCCUCGAACAAAAAGAAAAGGAGCUUGAAUCAGUUAAUAAAAGACUGUCUGAGACAGAAACAACUCAUGAAAAGAAGAUCCAGGAGAUCAAAGAAACUUUAGAAGAAAAGGAAAAAGAAGUGGAAGCAGCCAAUGAAAGAUUGACGGAGACAAAAUCAUCCCAUGAAAAUGAGCUCCAGGCGAUGAGAUCUGAACUUAAACAAAAACAAGAUGAACUGGACUCAGCCAAUCAAAGACUGACUGAAAUGAAGACGUCGCAUGAGAAGGAGCUUCAUGAGAUUAGAUCUGAUCUUAGAAAAAAUGAAGAGGAACUGAAAUCAGUCAAACAAAGAUUGACUCAAACACAGACCUUGCAUGAAAGUGACCUCGAACAAAUCAGAUCUGCCCUGGAGCAGACAGGAAAUGAACUAAAAGCAGCUGAUCAAAGACUUAAUGAAACAAAAACGUCAUAUGAAAACAAACUUCUUCAGGCAGGAUCUGAGUUGAAGCAAAAAGAAGAACUGAAUUCAGCUCUUCAAAAGCUGAUUGAAGCAAAGACGUCUGAUGAAAAUAAACUUCAAAGUGCGAGCCUGCCUGAAAUACAGAGUAAUUAUGUAGCUGAGCUCCAGCAGACGAGCCUCAUUGCUGAAAAAAUGUCUCUGGAAGCAGAUCUUUAUGAUGUGAGAUCUGCUCUAAAACAGAAAGAAGAAGAACUGAUAUCAGUCAAUGAAAGGCUGAACAAUGAGCUCCAGACAGUCAGAUCUUUGCUCAAAAAUAAAGAAGAACUAGAAUCAGCUAAUAAAAGACUGACUGAGGAAAAGACUGUUCAUGACAAUGAGAUCCAGAAGAUCAGGUCAACUUUAGGAGAAAAAGAAAAAGAAUUGAAAUCAGCCAAUAAAAAAUUGACUGAAGCAAAAACAUCCCAUGAUGAUCAGCUCCAGAAAAUGAGAUCUGAUCUUCAACAAAAAGAAGAAGAACUAAAAUCAGUUAAUAAAAGACUGACUGAGGAAAAGACUGUUCAUGAGAAGGAGAUCCAGGAGAUCAGAUCUGUUUUAGAAGAAAAAGAAAAACAAUUGAAAUCAACCAGUGAAAGAUUGACCAAAACAAAGGCAUCACUUGAAAAUGAGCUUCAUCAAGUCAAAUCCGACCUUAAACAAAAAGACGACGAACUGAAGUUAGUUUGUGAAAGACUGGCUGAAAAAGAGGCUGCUUAUGAAAAUGAGCUCCAUGAGAUGAAAUCUGCUUUAAUAGAAAACGAAGAACUAAAAUCAGUGAAUAAAAGACUGACUGAGGAAAAGACUGUUCAUGAGAAGGAGAUCCAGGAGAUCAGGUCUGAUUUAGCAGAAAAAGAACAGCAAGUGAAAUCAGGAAAUGAAAGACUGACUGAAACGACAUCACUUCAGAAGGACCUUCGUCAAAUUCGAUCUGACCUCAAACAAAAAGAAGAAGAACUAAAAUCAGUUCAUAAAAGACUGACUGAGACUCAGAUUUCUCAUGAAGAGCAGAUCCAGAGGACCAGAUCAGCUUUGGGACAGAAAGAGGAAGAAGUAAAAUCACUGAACCGAAGUUUGACAGACAUGGAGAAGAACCUCAUAGAGACAAAAGCCUCUCUGAAACGAAAACAGCAAGAACUCACUUCUUUCAAAGACAGAAUGGCACGACAGCUCUUUGUUUCCAAACCUGCUGCUGAAACUGAUGACCUUCACAAGCAGAAAUUAGAGGAAACAAUGUCUGCUCUAAGAAACAAAGAAGAAGAAUUGAUAUCAGUGAAGAAAAGGCUUACAGAAACAAAGGCAUCACAUGAAAAUGAUCUUUAUCAUAUGAGAUCUGAAUUGAAACAAAAAGAGGAAGAAGUGAAAUUCCUUAAACAGAGACUGCAGGAAUCAGCAGAUGUGAGAUCCAGCCCCCAGCGUUGUAACCCACAAGGAUGUGAACACAAAGAAAGUAUGACACAGAUGGAGGCAUUUUACAAAAAGAAGCUCAAUGAGGCCCGAUCUGAAACAGCCAAAAAACAGACAGAACUGAAAUCAGUGAAAGACAGGCUGGCAGCUCAGGUAGCAGCUUCACUGAAAACAGGAGACACUGAGAGCAUGAACAACCCGGUCAGUAAAACCAGACUGACUGAGAUGUACGACAACCUGAAGCUGCUGCAGUGGCCAAAGGUCAAAGAUCAGCUGAAGUCCAGGAAGAGGAACCCAAAGGAGGCCAAAGAUCUGAUUCAGAAAACAUUUGGAAAUGCAUCAGAUGAAAUGAAGAGAAGGAGGCAGCAGAUAGAAGAAAUGUUCCAGCAGUCAGAGUCCAGCAGUGGACCGACUCCUCAGAAGGUUAAAGAGUACAGACAGCUAACAGUUCAGAACCUGCAGAUGGCGCUGUUCCACACCAACAAAGAAGAACUUCUGAAGACUGGUUUCCCAGAAUGUUUAGAUGAAUUUCCAGAGGAAGUGAAGGAGGAUCUGAGACCUCUGACCUCUGAAUGCUACUGGCUGAGCUGCUUGAUGGCUUUAAACAAUCCUCCUCUUCAGCCGGACUGGAAGAACCAUGUUCCUGGGUUUGACUCCUGGGAUAUUUUUCCUCGAGAAAUCAAACUAUCUGUCAUGUAGAGGAAGCAGAUACAGAAAUGAAGAAAACAGAUUCUGAUAUCACUUCUUGUUUCUUAAUUAUUUUAUUGUUGGUAAUGGUUUGUGUGGGGUUUCCUUUGUAAAACAACAUGAAUGAAGAAAUUA